AUGGAGGACUCCGAGCGACGACCCAAACGUUCUCGUUUUGACCAGACGGAGCCUGAGCCCAGGCGAGCAUCGAGAUUUGACAGGCGCUCUCGAUCUCCACCCACGCGCCGCCACGAAGGGAGAGAUCGCAGUCCCCUUUCCAAGGAGGAUGAUUCCGAGACAAAGAAGCCCCCGGUAGACGCCGCCGCGGCUGCUGCCGCCGCUGCUGCCAAGAUCAACGCCCAGUUGCAAGCACGAAAGGCUCCUCAGCAUGUCGACGUCCCGCCGAUCAAGUCUGCUAGCGGAGAGUCUGCAGCAGCAGGCGAACAUGAGAUGAAGCCUGAGAUGUAUGUUGCCGAUGGCGACUACAUCCAAGACAUCGAGGUCAACGACUUGCGAAACCGAUACCUGCUGACCAAGGGCUCUACCCAAGAAAUGAUCCGAAAUGAUACUGGCGCCGACGUUACGACUCGUGGCAGCUACUAUCCCAACAAGAGCAUGGCGACCGCAGCGAACCCCCCUCUAUAUCUUCAUAUUACGAGUACAUCCAAGGAAGGGCUUGAAGCUGCCGUAGCGAAAAUCAAUGAUCUCAUCAAGCAAGAGCUCCCUCAACUGGUUGAUGAGCGGCGAUUUCGGCGUCGAGACCAGGAGCAGCAGCCCCAAGUUGAACGAGAUGAAUAUGGACGAAGAAAAUGGCCCGAGGAGAAGAUUCCCAUCGACCUUGAGCCUGUUCAUGGCUUCAACCUUCGUGCUCAAGUAGUUGGUCACGGCGGCCGAGGCUCGGGUUACCUUGAAGCGUCUACUAACCAUGAAAGCGACGAAGCCAUGUUCCUUCAUGUCACCGGACCGGACCCAAAUAUGGUUACCAAGGCCAAAGAACUCUGCGAAGACUUGAUUGCCAAUGUCAAGGAACAGUAUGAAGAGUUCAGGGCCCGGCCACCUCGCUACAACAAUGACCGUGGCGGAUAUGCCGACUAUGCCGCACAAUAUGCUCAAUAUUACAACGGCGCCGAUCCCUACGCUGCCUGGGGAGGAUAUGCUAACUAUGUCGCCUUGUAUCAACAGUACUAUGGAGGAGCCCCAGGUCAAUCCGCUUCUCCGCCGCCUCCCCCUCCCCCUACCGAAGCGGCUCCUCCUCCCCCUCCUCCCCCAAGCUCUGCACCACCCCCUCCACCACCAUCCGGGCCUCCUCCUCCUGGCGGAAGCUUCAGCGCUGUCCCACCCCCUCCUGGGCUUUAA